AUGGGUCCCAGCGCGUGGGAAUUUGCUCCCUACCGAGGAAGCGUGGUUGACUGGUUGUCGUAUCUCCUCCGUAUUUUCGGAUUCGGAACUUCGUCACUCCUGUGGGAUGGAAUAUUUUUUAGACCAGCUACUAUCUACGACUUUGCGGUGAUCAUCGAUCAUACGAUGGGCAAGUUGAUGAUGCUCGUUCUUUCGAGCAAAGAAAGGAAGGUGGUAUCGACCACUGUGACCAAGACAAGUGCAUCUGUCACAUUUAGCAGCACCCCCAGUCCCCAAGCAGCCGAAGCACAAGAACCGCAAUUAAGCAUUCAGGGUCUUUUGAUUGCGGUGGGCAAUCAACCCCGGCUCGGCGUGUCAGCUAAAGUGAUGAAUAGCUGGAAGGCGUCCAAUUCCCGGCCGGCUCUUGGCACCCACCCGGCACCACGACAAAUGGCAGUCUACGCUUUCUCACAGCAGUCAGAUUAA